AUGAUCGCGUGCGUGGUUGCCGGCGCCUUGCUCAUCGUCCGCUACCCCCACGACAUCCGACCAUUCCAGCGCGGAGAAGAAGAAGCGCCGCCGACAAGGGCGGGGUCCGCCCGGCCGCCGCCGCCGCCGCCGCCGCCGCCGCUGCUGCCACGGAGAGCGGCCGGCUAUCGACGCUUCCGGGGAGGAGAAGCCGUCGCCGCAAGCGGAGGAAGCGGGCCCCGCAUAGGCGGAGAAACAAGAAGGGCUUCCGCUCUCGCUGAAGAACUGAGCGAGGGCGGCGGCGGCGGCGGCGGCGGCGGCGGCGACACAACCAACACCGCGGUCGUCUUCACCACCGCUGAUGCCACCGCUCUUGCACGAGGCCCCGGGGGAUCGGACGGCCUCUCGAGGGUUUCCGGCGCUAGGAGGCGUGCCGAGAGCCAAGGGGACCGUCGCGGGAGAAGAAACGGGGGCGCCGGCGAUUGGGGGGAUGGUGGCUUUAGGGGGGGUGCCGCCCGGGCAAGGAAGAGCGGCAAGAGAGAGGCGGUCAACGGCGGCGGCAGGGCCAUGGCCGCGAUCCCGACCUUCCAUAUGUUGAGGGUGCGGAAAAGGGACGGCGAGGGGGAACCCCUGGGGAGUGCCCCUCCGCGGCUGGAGUUCCUGGGUGGCGACGGCGGGGGGGGGGGCGAGAGCGCUACAUCGGCACCGGGGCCGUUCUCCCUAAGGCGCUACGAGAGCUUCGAGGCGUACGCGACGGAGCAGUCGGCCAGCGGCAACGCCAUCCUCCCAGUUCCCAUCGUCCGGCCCCCGGGGAAGGGACCCGAGGCCUCCAGGUCUAUCCCGCUGGCGAUCAUUAUCGGGACUCAGAAAGGGGGAACGCAGAAUCUCCGCAGCCAUCUGCUGACACACCCCUCGCUGUCAGGGUUGAGGCAGAAAGAGGCGCACUUUUUCGACUGGUUCUGGUUCCCUAGUGAUCCCAACAAGAAGCGUCACGAGUGGCCGGGGGAUGGCCGUGGUGGUGCUGGCCUCAACCCCAGCGCAGCCGGUGAAGUCCUUUCGGCCUACGCGGACAGGGCCAUGAAAGCGGUCGACCCUAGCAAGCGCGACACCAUGGCGACUGUGGAGUCGUCGCCUCUGUACUUGUUCUUUCCCCUUGCGCCCUACCGGAUGAGGAUGGUUCUUCCCGCAGCGAGACUCGUACUGAUUCUCAGAGACCCCACGGAGAGGUACUUCUCUCACCUGCGAAUGAUGAUGUGCGGGACACGGGACGGCGAAACGUUCGAUCAACUCGAGGAACGACUAGAAACAUAUUUCCAUAUCCCAGGGCGGGUCAAGGAGUACCUCGAACAAGGGGAGGCGAGCUACAAGCCAUACACGCCGCUGUGUCGGGGGGAGGGGGCAAGGGCGAAAGACCUCCUACGUUGCUGGAAGGCCAUGGUGACGCACGACCCGCUCCACCGGGGUCUCUACGUGGACCAACUGGAGAGAUGGUUGAGGGUGUAUCCCCGAUCACAGAUUCUUGUCGUGGAGUCUUCGGAGAUGUUCGGAGACUUCACUGGCACCCUCAACCAGGUGGCCAGGCACAUCGGACUGCCGCCGCACGACUUUUCCUACGACUCCAGGCACCAGCACGCCAGCGCCCCGUGCGAGCGACACCACCCGGAGCUGUUCGCAGAGGGCGGAAGGUACAGUAGACACUGA